UGUAUUUAUCACUCAUGUGUAUAGUUCAUGAUCCAACUGUUUCCUUCAGUUGUUUGCGUGACAGUUGAGGUUGUGCUCGAAGAGUAUUGAUUUCAUUUGAUUCCCGGUGAAAAAUUUGACGAGAUCGUUCAUAGAAGUUUAUUGACAUCCGCCUAUGAAAAUCCGUACUUAUUGCAGUGAUGUCAGUAGUUUGAUUGAAAUAACAGAUAUGUUUUAACUAUUGCAAUCUUCAAGGAAUUGUUUUUUGAAAUUACAUCUACUGUCGAUACAUUUUUGAUCAAUUUGUCUGUUAAUCGUUUGGCAAAUACUGCUAUGUUGGACGAAGACCAUCCACCCAAACAACGAUUGCUGUUGUAUUAUUGCUUUUUUACGUGUAUCUACUUUCCGGGGAUACUGAUUUUGCUGAAAUUCAAUGACAACCUAUACAAUGUGGGGACUUACAAGUUUAUCCCCUUUCUUAUAAUACUGAUGUUUGCAGAGGUGACGAAACUGUCAUUCUCGCUACUGCAUACGGAUCUACCAACCUUGUCCAAGAUCGAUUCAAGGUCGUCAACCAAGGCGAGUAAAUCAUGGAGUAAACGAUUCAAGGAUGUAUUCAAGUUUCUGGUAUCAUUAGUCGUAACGGCGCUUAGUUAUUACGUAAUGGUCAUUUUCUUUGGAUGCCCAUUGCUGACACAUCAUGAGGAAACCAUUAUGCUCACCAUCACACUGACAAGCCUAACCUUAAUACCAGCUAGUCUUCACUUGGGUGUUGACGAAUCCAUAGCACUCUUGACUGGAGCUCCGUUACAGACUAAUAAUGUUCUCGUUGAAGCUGUCAGGAGAAACAUAGAGGGUACUCUACUUGGCACUUGGCUUGGUGCCACAGUAAUUCCUCUGGAUUGGAAUAGACCCUGGCAAGCCUGGCCUAUUCCAUGUAUUACAGGUGCUCUUGUUGGAUAUAUGACUGCCCAUUUCUUUACACUCAUUAAAAUGCUGCCCUUUUUACGAAAGAAGAAAAAUAACUAUACUAAUAUUAUUAAAUAAACUUUGACG